AUGGCUUCCCCGAAACUCGUUGUCCACCAUCUCCAGGUCGGCCAAGGCGAGCGCGUUACAUGGCUUCUCGAGGAGCUCAAUAUUCCCUAUGAAUUGAAGCUCUAUCAACGCUCGCCUCUAAUGUCUCCGCCUGAGCUUAAGGCCGUGUAUCCUAUGGGCGCUUCUCCUGUAUUUGAGGAUGUCACGGACCCGUCUAAUCCCAUUAAAUUUGCCGAAUCAGGUGCCAUCAGCGAAUACAUACUCCGAAAGUACGGCAAUGGCCGGCUGGCCCUGGAACCGCAACACAAAAACUUUGCAGAUUACUUGUACUGGUUCCAUUUUGCGAAUGGAACGUUACAACCGACAAUCUUCAGGAGGUCCACGACUCGAGCAAUGGUCGGCGAGCAGAAUCCCAUGUACACAAAUGCCAAUGCUGGCGUCACGAGAGCCCUGGAACACAUUAACAAUCGUCUACUGGACAACACCUGGCUCGCGGGCGAUGAUUUUACUGCCGCGGACACUAUGAACGUGUGGUGCUUGACGACGAUGCGCAAGUUUGAAUCGGUUGAUCUGAGCGACUACCAGGGUAUUCAGGCAUGGCUCAAGCGCGUUGGCGAGCGUGAGGCAUAUAGACGCGCCAUGACCAAGACCGACCCGGAUUUGAACCUGGAGGAGAAUCUCAGUGCCAAAGGGCCGCAGCUUUUCGAGGCAUGGGCCAAGGCUAUGGGAUUGAAGGCGUGA